ACGUUCGUGGCUUAAUAGUAUCACCCAACAACAAAUCAUAUUUAUCAGUAACACCUGUGGAAUGUUGACACCGAUCAACCAGGGAAAUAGCAUAACAUGAAGCGCUUGCGAAUACGCAACACGCAAAUCAAAUAACGGCCCAACCAGGACAUCCGAGGGUUCAUUGCCUUUACCUGCUAUGUCACAAGCUCCGGCACCAGGUCAAACGGGGUCUUCUGCCGAGCCACCUUGUCAACUGCCUUCUUGGUGUCGAUCCAAAGGAGUGAAAACAACCCUGUCCAAGACAGGCUGCCCUGUUCUGGAUGACUUGGCCGAGAAAAUACACCAGUCAGGCUCCUGUUCCGGUCACCAGAGUUCCGGGAACCAGAGCCCGCAAGGCCGAUGGAGCGGCCACAUGUCCAGGGCGUCGCUGGCGGGCGCGGCGGCACGAGCGGCCACCGGGUCGAGGACGGCCGGCGCUACGGUACCCGCGUCACGGCCCGAAGUGCCACCGGCGCUCUCCAGGAGUCGCUCCUUUCCGGCCGCGUCCAACCCCCGACCGGCGCCGACGUCCAACUCCGGCGACUCCAGCGUCAUGUCCCUGGACGUGGUCGACGAUGGGUGUUCCGCCGAGGCAGUGCGCCAGGCAGCUGACGGCAUCACAGCCGACGACCCCGAUUUCAAGGACACUGUGCCCUACCUUAACAGCGUGUCAGAAAGCUUGAAAGACGAGUGUUUGAAGCAGCUGAUAGCACUGAAGCAAAAGCUGCUUCGGGAGUUUGCUGAAGUGCUGUGUCUUGUUGAGAGGAAGUACACGCUCAAGUACGCUGAAAGCUUAUCUGAGGCUCGAGAACAACAAACAGUGGCACGAUACUACCAAAACACCGCCGAAAAGCAGAAAAAGAUCAUAGAGAAGAUGGCGGACGCCCUGCAGCGCCGCCGCGUCCGCUACCAGCUCGCCAGGUGUUUCAAUGCCUGGCAACGGAUAGCCCGCAACGCGCGGAAGGCGAAGGCGAGCGCCGAGGACAGCGAUGAAGUGCGCGACAAGGCGGGCGGCGACAGCGACUGCAUCGACAUCGAGUACAUGAGGACAGAGGAGAUAGGCAACAAGGUAUACGAGAGGAAAUUGAGCGCACAGCUCAGCAAAGCAUUCGAGCAGGAGGCGCUGGCCAAGGAGUGCCGAAAAUACCACGCGGGACCGCCCUGUUCGGGGAAGGUGUGCAAAUGCAAACGGCAAACAGAGAGGUUACGCUAUAGACGCGUGGAGCAGCUGGAGUGCGAGCUGGAGCAGGCCAGGAGGAGAGAGCAGAUGCUGCUCGAGCAGAAGCACCAGGCGGAGGCCAAGUACCGGCAGGCCAUCCUCCACGGCAUGAACUUGGGCAAGGCGCGGGACGACAGCCAGAAUGACAGCCCUGCCUCCGAAUGCCUGGGCAUGAAGACCACCACCGUGUGCCGACGACGCGUGGAGAGCAGCGACUCGACGCUGCCGCCGGCGCGCGACGACUGA